CGUGGAGACGGGUGAGGAGGGCGUGAGCCGGGCACCGUGGCCCUCCCGCCUUACGUCACUUCCGCUUCCUCCCGGGCAAGGCGGGUAAUUCGAACGUUUCUGUCUCAGACGGCCCUCCGGUUGGCGCGAGCCCCGGCGGCGGCAGCGGCGGCGGCGGAGAUCGAGAGCAGCGCUAGAUAUGUCAGAGAGGCGAACGCGGUCUGGAGGGGCCGCCCGGAGCUCCGGGCCCGCGGCCCCAUCUCCUAAGUCUCUGCGGAGGUCCCAGCGGAAAUCAGGCUCUGAUCUCCCGAGCACCCUCCCUGAAAUCUGUGCAAAGGCACCCCAUGCGGCUCCAAUCAGAAAGCCCAUCGUCUUGAAGAAGAUCGUUGCUCAUACUGCAGAGAUCCCAUCUGUCAACUCGCCUCGCAGGAGCCCUAGGAUUGCUUUUUUCUUGGAGAAAGAAAACAACCCUCCUAGCAAGGAACCUACGAAGGAGGACCUCUUCAAGAAAUAUAGUGUCCCCGACACCCCCACCACCACUCCUGUGCUGCACCCCCUGAAUGUUGAGUCCCACUCAGGGGAAGGAGCCUUGGACACUAGAGACUUAGAGAUGUCCAAGAAAGUCAGGCGGUCCUACAGCCGGCUGGAGACCCUUGGCUCUGCCUCCACCUCCACCCCAGGCCGCCGCUCCUGCUUCGGCUUCGAGGGGCUGCUGAGGGCAGGAGACUUGGCCGGAGUCUCGCCUGUGGUGUGUUCAAAGUUACCCGAGGUCCCCAGGGUCCCCGCGCAGCCCUGGGCCCCUGACGCGACUCUCCCCGGAAUCUCCCCGCCAGUCGUGAAAGAGAAACGAAAGAAGAAGAAGGCGCCAGAGAUCCUGAAAUUGGAGCUGGAUGAGUGGGCCGCAGCCAUGAAUGCUGAGUUUGAAGCUGCUGAACAGUUUGAUCUCCUGGUUGAAUGAGAUGAAAUGGGGGUGUACCUGGCCAGACUCUCCCUUCCUCCCCCUGUACAUAGUCCCUUCUCCCUGUGGAGAAGACACUUGGAGUCCUCUCCCCCGGUCUUGUUACCUGUGCGUGUGCUGUUGAUACACAUGAGGCCUGUCCUCUUCUGAGGGCUUG